GUGUGUUCAGAAGGGAUUUAUGUGUUCAGCUGGUGCGAUCUAGAGGGUGGUGCUGAAGUCCAGGUGAACCGCUGCAGGGUCGUCCCAUCAAGCUGAGCAGGCCCUGGUGGACGUUGGGUGGAGGCAGUGGAGCAGGCGGAGGGGGUCUGGGGACAGUGGCAGGCCCCGGGGUGGGGACAUGGCCGUGGGGGGGCCGCAUCCCGACCUCCACCCUGCACCGGGACCGACGCUGGGGCUGGGGCUCCUGGAGCGGCGGGCCGUCCAGGGGCGCCCCCAGACUCCUGGAACUGCGGCCCUGGAUGAGCGGGGGCGUGGCGGCCGGCGUAGGUAGCACGGGCGCAGGAGGCGGGCCCCCGGGGGAGAAGGGGGGCAGGGUGAGGUGUUCCAGGAGGAUCUGGGUGCUCCUCGGCACGCUGGUCCUGGUGUUCCUCACCUCGCUCUUCCUGUCCGUGUCGUUCCGCGGGGGCGUCGGAUUCAACUACCUGGAGCCGCCCGGGUGGGAGGAGUCGAGGCGGGUGAAGCUCGUGCCCAGCUACGUGGGCGCCCACCGCCUGGCGCCGCCCGACGCCCCGCAGCAGAAAACAUGUGCCUGUCCGCGCUGCGUCGGAGACCCCGGGGUGUCCGACUGGUUCGACGAGAACUACGACCCGGACAUCUCCCCCGUCUGGACCCGAGAAAACAUCCAGCUGCCCUCUGACGUCUACUACUGGUGGGUGAUGCUGCAGCCCCAGUUUAAACCCCACAGCAUCCAGCAGGUGCUGCUCAGGCUGUUCCAGGUGAUUCCCGGAAGGUCGCCGUACGGCUCGUGGGAUCCGGGGCGAUGUCUGCGCUGCGCCGUGGUGGGGAACUCCGGGAACCUCCGCGGGGCCGGAUACGGGGCCACCAUCGACGAGCACAACUACAUCAUGAGGAUCAACCUGGCCCCCACGGUGGGCUACGAGGAAGACGCCGGCAGCCACACCACCCACCACUUCAUGUACCCGGAGAGCGCCAAGAACCUGGCGGCCAACGUCAGCUUCGUCCUGGUCCCCUUCAAGACGCUGGACCUGGUGUGGAUCACCAGCGCGCUCUCCACCGGCCAGAUUCGAUUUACUUAUGCUCCGGUGAAGCAGUUCCUCCGUGUCGAUAAAGACAAGGUCCAGAUUUUCAACCCGGCGUUCUUCAAGUACAUCCACGACCGCUGGACCAGGCAUCACGGCCGCUACCCGUCCACCGGCAUGCUGGUGCUGUUCUUCGCUCUGCACGUCUGUGACGAGGUGAAUGUGUUUGGCUUCGGGGCGGACAGCCGAGGAAACUGGCACCACUACUGGGAGCAGAACCGGUACUCCGGAGAGUUCAGGAAGACCGGCGUGCACGACGCCGACUACGAAGCCCAGAUCAUCGAGCGGCUGGCCAAGGCCGGCAAGAUCACCGUGUUCCCUGGGAAAUAGGCGGCCGGCGCCUCGUUUCUGUCACACGGCUGGUUUGGCGACUGUUCAGGCUUCUCACAGUGUGUUCGAUAUCUCCGCUCCCACUUAACUGCACCAGGCUCCGGCCGAGGAAGCUGAGGCGAAACGGCCACGCAGUGCAGACUCUUAGAAACCACGGACCAGGAUCAAGGAGAUGGACACCGUCUUCGUGUUAUCUAGACAUGGCCUGUGAGAGUGAGCUGAGCCUUAAAUUAGAUUGAAGUGAAGGGGUCAG